UGGUCAGUUGUAAGUGCUUAAAUCAAAGUAUUAAAUAACUAUUGUGUAAUAAGGGAUUAAUAACGGAUUUAUUUAAAUACGUUUCGUACAAGUGAGGUUAGGAGUUUGAAGUAAAAUUGGCAAAAUCAGCCUGCAGUCCCUCGGCGUUAUCUCAAAUUUGCAAAAACAAAUGCUCACCUUGAAGCGCGUCUUUGCCGCUUUUUUUCGAAUUUUUCUGCCUUUUUGCGGAAGAUGCCGGUAGCUGUGCGCCAGAUGCUAAGAAUUGGCGCCAAAGAAGUGCUAGCGGGCCGAAUUCGCGCCUUUUUCGUCAAACCGUCUCGUGCUUUCGUCCACUCAACAACCCCUCAAGAAUCCGAAGAAAAGAAAAUGCCUACAUCUAGUCUUGUCUUGAAAUACACCAAAGUGGUCCCCGAGGCCUACCCUCCGACCAAAGGUUCAGUUAAAGCCGCCGGUUAUGAUCUGAAGAGUGCUUUCGACUGCGUGGUCCCAGCCCGAGGUAAGGCCCUCGUGGACACCGGCAUCAAAAUCCAGCUCCCGGAAGGGUGCUACGGACGGAUCGCCCCUAGGUCGGGUCUAGCAGUCAAGAAUUUCAUCGAUGUUGGCGCCGGGGUCGUGGAUGAGGACUACAGGGGGGUCCUCAAGGUGGUCCUAUUCAACCAUUCAGAUACUGCCUUUGAAGUCAAGAGUGGCGACCGCAUUGCACAGCUAAUUUGUGAGCGGAUCUAUUACCCCGAUAUCGAGGAAGUUCAAGAACUCAGUGAAACGGCCCGUGGAGAAGGCGGAUUUGGCUCUACCGGUACCAAUUAAUUUUAGAAGUAUUGUUCGAAACUCAAGCUUUUCUGUGUUAAAUAUGUGUUCCUGGUUAUGUUUCAAUAAAUCGUUUUACCCCUUUCUUUCAUAA